CGAUAUCCGAUUUUGAAUUUUCGUCUUCCAAUGAUGAAUAUUGCCAUAUUUUCAAUCAUUAGGGGACUUUGCAGCAAUGUCAGUCAGUGACCCGUUGUUGAAAAGUUUAAAAAGAUUUGUUUUAGAAUUUAGAACUACGAAUAUUGUUGUAACAGAUGACAAUGAAAACUUGGCAAAAUUAUGCAGUGUGCUCGAGGAAAUUUUUCAGAAAGGAAUCAAAAAAUCCAAGUUCUUUGACAAGAGUGACUUUUUCUGGUCAUGGGUGGCAAAACUACCAUCUUUUUCAAAGGAAAGAUGCAACCCAAUACUCUCAAUGGUUAUCGACACUGUAAAAGAAUCAAAGAAGGUUACGCUUGACCUAGGAAGAGGUCGUCUAUUUAUAAGGUCUGCCUUAAUGAAGAAAGUGUUGACUGUACCAGUACAAAUAAUAGCCAAAAACAGACAGCUGGCUAGAGAAGUGUAUUAUGAAAAUGACAGCAUUCUUGGGAAUGAAAUUCUUGCAGAAAUCCUACAGUCACUUUUAUUUGAAUUGACAGAGGCACAUUUCCAGUUAAGAAUUCAUAAUGCAAGUUUCCUGGAUAGAACCUGGAACUUACCAAUUUAUAAACAAUAUGAAUUGGUACCUUGUGAUAACCUUGGACUUCAUGUGCAAUAUAUCAAUGGGUUUUUGUUGGUAAAAGCUGUAGAACCAGGAAGUGUAGGAGAAGAAAAUGACAAGAUCCAUGCGGGGGAUGUCAUUGAUGAACUUCAUGGUGAGGCACUUAGAGGAAACAAGAUGUCUGCUGUUCACAAUAUCCUGCAAAGAUACAAAGGUCUUCCAGUGCAUAUUCAUGUGAUCAAGGGAUAUGACAGUCAGGGGAAUUUGUACAAACCUAUACACCACCUGAUCGAGGAUGCUGACAUUGACAUUGCCACCGCCGAUGAACUUCUGCAAGUUAAAAAGAGCACUAGUAAUGGCUACAAAAAACCACCGCAUACCAUUCUCAACGAGGAGGAGGCGGAGGAAAUCCCCGUCCAUGGGUCAGAGGGAGGAGCAUCACAUGAAGCUCAUUACCUGGGCUAUGUUUCCCUCGGAAUAGAUGGAAGAGUGGUCAGGAUUGAGGAUUCUGUUCAAGGAGUACUGAAGAAUCACACUCAGAGAGUGCCUGUAAGGAUAGAGUUGACAGAGAAAGAAGUGUUGGUCAUUGACAUCAAAGAUAAUAAGACUCUACUGCAACAUGCUUACACAGAAAUAUCUGCUUGUGGACGGAGAACAGAUCAACUCCAACAUAUUGCUUACAUUGCAGGGGAGACAUCAUGCAGUCUAGCCAAAAAGUUCAACUGUUAUGUGUUUGAAAUGAAGACAAAUGAGGAGGCUCGAUUUGCACUCUGUGCUAUUGCUCAAGGAUUUGAAAGAACGCAUUUGCUGCUGUGAACAAAUGUUUGAAGUUGUGAACAAAUGUUUGUAAAAUGUUCCCCCCAGAGUAUAUAUUUUUACAGUUUUCUAUUUUUGUUAAUUUUUUCAUUGCAAUGGUUGAGGUUUAUUGUUACAUUCAUGUAUAUAUAUAAUGUACAUGUAUUCUGUUAUUUAUUAUGUGUAUUAAAAGUAUUUUUUGCAUAAUGGUGCAUGUAUUUUGCUUCCAAAUAUUCAAGUUUUUCCCCCCCAGUUACUGCUUCCUUAAAUAUCCAAACUUUACAUACCUAACCUUAUAACACUUUUCCAAAUGUAGACAAUAGUAUACAUGUAAAUAUAUCAUCAGCAACAGUAAGACUGUUUUUGUAGAUGUAUGGGAAUAAUAAUUCUCCGAUUUAUAUGUAUAGCGAAUUCCAGGUCUUCAGAAUGUUUUAAUGUUAAUUCAGUGUCAUUUUUAUGCCCCCAGAAUGUAGUUUUUGCCAUGUCUGUCUGUCUGUGGGAAAAGUUUUAAAUUUGCUUAUAACUAUCGAGUUAUACACGAGAAGGCUCAAUGGAAGUGGAUGCACUCCUUGUGGCAAGACCUUUCUGAAAUUUCAAAAUAUUUGACAAAUAUGUGACCUUGACAUCGCCCUUAAAGACUUGUUGAAAAACUUUAACAUUGACCGAUAACUUUCUAGCUUCAUGAAACAGGGUUUAUGUAUUUAGCAACUUCUAGAAGCUAGAUAGCAAUUAGACUCAAUUUUUGCAAAACUUCUAGAUUUAUGGCAUAUACUAGUCUAUAGCUUUUGAACUCAAUGAAAGAUUAGUUUGAUAGUGAAUGCAAUUCGUAUAAUGGCUUUUUUCAAUGAUAAUGUAGUGGAAACUGGCUACUAUAGCCUGUUGUGCUGUCACCGGAGACAUUCAUGUUUCACAAACAUUUCAUUUAAAUAUCAAUUAGUUCUGUGCAGUAUAUAAUUUGUUUGUCAAAGCUUUACUAUUAACUGAUUGUUGUUUAGUGUCAUUUUGUUAUUUACGGGUAAUUUUGCGAACUCGUGGAAAUCAAAUUUUCACUUGUUUCGUAUUAUAAAGAAUUAAUACACAUCAUAUGAUUCAGCUUUUCCAUUUCUCGCUCCUGCUCAAGUAAAUGAAAUAAAGGACCUUGCAAGUGUACAAUCCUGAGAUACUUCAUUCCUAUGAAAGAGAACUUGUUAGUUCAUUUUGUGUUUAUAUAUACUAGGAGAGAAAAAUCUACACAAGUAGUAGUAUAGUAAAAAUACCACAAAGCAGAUUGAGUAUAAUCGACUAGUUUCUUCAAUUGAUGAAACUGCAGUUGAUUAUACUGAAUCGAUAUAUAUAUAUAUAUAUAUUAAGAUCUCAUGUGAAGUAACCUGGGAAGGAAGCAUAUAUUCAUUGAUCAGUAAUUUUGAGAAAUAUUGACAAUAUAUUCAUUGCUCACUAAUUUUAUAAAUCAUUGAUGUGAAAUGUCAUUAUCAUUUACUAGUAGUUUCAUAAUUGUUUGGUCAUUAUUUAUUUUUUAUAAUUUUUUUUCUGAUACUGUUUGCAAUAGAGUGCAGAAUGAAAUUGUGAAUUAAUAAAUGUAGAACAUAUUUGUACUACCGGUAUAAUGGUUCAUAAGAUGCCUGUGUGAGCUAGAUCAUGUUCGUCUUUAAAUAAUAUUGAUCGAGAUGUAAAAUGACAUUUUUUCUUUCAUUUUGGAUAUUAUCGAUAAGUCUGUUUUGACAUAAAUUUUUCACUAUGCAUUAUGUAGUAUGUGUGGGUUGUCCUCAAGUUUGUAGAUGAGUGUCGAUUAAUGCCACUGGCAUUAUACCCUUACAAAAUACAUGCAAUACUGUGCACUGUGAACUUUCAGUUUUUUUUUUUAAAAAAUGAAGAUGUGUCGUGUAUUUCAAGGUAUAAUGCAAAUCUUCACAUGUUGUAGCAGACUUGGAUGGAAUGUUGAUUUUCAUCUGAAUUUUUUUAAAAGCUGCUAAGGUCCAUGUUAAAACCGAAUUCUGAAAGUGUGUGUUAGCUUCAAUGAGCAAACAUGUUGAAAUAUAUACUAGGUGUAGAUAGCAUAUUUAAUAUGUUUCUAUGUAAAAUUAUCGACAAUGAAUUUUUGUAGUACAAAAUUUAAAAAAAUUAAAUCAAGAUUUAAAGGGUGGACCAUGUAUAUAAAUGUUUAUACAAAACACACCUAAAUAUAUGGAUUUUUGACAAUAUUUUGCAAAAACUAAUCUCAAAGAAAUUGAUGAAUUUUAAAGAUAAUUUGAGCAUGACAAUUUUGAAAAGUACAGCAUUUCAUGUAGGUGAAUAUGGCAGUUAGAAGAAACACUACUCAUACAGAAUUACUCAAGACUUUGACCCCCCCCCCGAAAUAUUAGCAUUUGUAUUUAUCUUAUACUGUAUAAUUACUAUUGGUAAUUUUCAUGGAGAUAUAAUUUUGGGUAUUUUGCUUUGAUUUGGGAAGAAUAUACAGUAAAACAUGGUUAUAAUGAACCUCUAGGGCCAGUGAAAAACCAUUCAUUAUAACCAAACUUCAUUGUAUCCACAAUAAUACUUUCAUUAUUUUCUUCUAUUAGGAAAAUAAAUAUCACUUUGCAAUGAGCAUGAAUUUGUUAUAAGCAUGUUUUACUGUACCCAUAGUCCAUUUCUCCCCUCUCCCCCCCUUUCCGCAAAAAAAAAACAAACCACCCAACAAAACACCAAAUCACACAGAAUUGCAAACUUUUAACUAUGAAAUCAAAAUUUAAUCCUCUGUUUUCAAACCAUAAGAUAUUUACCCCAUGGCAAUAGUAAUUUUACAGUAUCAUAUUUAAAUAUGAAAAAUAGAAUGUUUUGUAUAAAUGUUCAUAGUUUGUCAUUUGCAUUAUCCUUUUAUGAAGAUCAGCAAGUAUCACCACAUGAAAUAUCGCCCAAACUCAACAUGCAUGUAGAUCUUAAUAAUAUCUGUUAUAGUUAUACAGUUUAUAAUUCCAACAAAGGUUGUUCACCUGUUUUUGUUGAUAUUUAUUUUUUGUUGAGGGUUUAUAUAUCAGGUUUACUGCAAUAAAAUUUGUUUUUAAAUUUAA